AUGAAUUAUGAAAAUACCCCAAAAUAUGAAGAUCAAUGGGCAAACUUUAUACAGUCAUUAGACGUUGACCCUGAUAAAGCCAAGGGUAUUGAACAGCUGCCCGAUGAUCAGAAACGUCAAUUAUUGGAAAAUUAUGCUGUAAAAAAUCCAAAGUUUUCCGCUUUUCAUUAUGUUAGCCUGAUUAAAGGCUUGCGUGUCGGGCGGUCAACAUUGACAAAGAAUCCACGUAAAGGUGAUGGGCAGCAAGCAAAAGAAAUUCUUUUAGCUACAGAAAUAUCAUUGCGAACAAACAAUGUAGCUUGGGUUAUGAUUUUCUCGAUCAAGAGGGUUUGGAAGCAUUAG